AUGACGAUGGAGCUUCAUUUUCUAGGAACUGGAUCAUGUUAUCCAAGUCCAAAACGAGGGGCUUCUUGUGUAGCUUUUAGAAGUGAAACCGCAGGUGUUUGGCUAUUUGAUUGUGGAGAAGGGUCGCAAAUACAAUUACAAAGAAGCGAGAUUAAACCUGGAAGGAUUACAAAGAUUUUUAUCACUCAUUUGCAUGGGGACCACUUGUUUGGACUCCCGGGGCUUAUGUGUACGAUCAGUCAAAACAAUAUCCCAGAAGACAAAGUAAUAGAUAUUUAUGGUCCAAAAGGGCUUGCAGAAUAUCUCAGGAUAUCUUUAAAUGUUUCGUGCUCUCAGCUUGGAUAUAAGUACUUUGUACACGAAAUUUUGGAACAUGGGGACACUGGUACUCCAGUACAUACUACUCUCCAUCCGAACGAAAAGGACACGCCAGAAGUCAUCUCAAAAAAUUCUGACAGAGGAAGCUGGAGAGUUUGUAAAUCAGGCAACUUUUCUGUGGAGGCAUUUCCAUUAGUACACGCAAUUUUUUCUGUUGGCUAUGUUAUUACUGAAGACGAUCUACCUGGGAAACUGGAUCCAGCUUUAUUAAAAUCAAAAGGAGUUGCUCCAGGGCCCAUUUAUGGUAAAAUAAAGAAGGGGGAAAGUGUUACUUUGGAAGAUGGUACAGUUUUGGAACCUUCAAGUCUUCUUGGGCCUCCCAGGAAGGGUAGAAUUAUAAUACUUCUUGGAGAUACUGCAAAUUCAGAUAGCCUGAUUGGCAAAAUUGACAAAGUAGAUGUAUUAGUACACGAAACAACUGUUGAAAAUGAGAUGGAGGAUCUAGCUAUUGAAAGAGGACACUCAACACCAGGUAUGGCUGGCAAGUUUGCUACCAGAAUUGGAGCAAAGAAGCUUAUUAUUAGUCACUUUAGUCAGAGGUAUAGACCCAUAGACUCUGUGUUGAAAGGAGAUGAAGUUUCAGUUUCCAAACUACUGCAACAAGCCAAAGAAAACUUUGCUACUGAAGUUAUUGCAGCAGACGAUUUUAAAAUUGUAGCUAUCGAAACACCAAAAUGA